GUUUGAACCGCCGGCCCCGGCUCCGCCGCAUUUCCCGCUCGGGUCCGGGCGCAGGGAGGAAGUGUUUUGCUGGAAGAUGAUGACAGAGGAAUUCAAGAUCACACAACCAGCAGCUUCAGUGGAGAAAAACUAUUUUGCUGGCAACUCUUUUUAAAGCACCAUCAUUUCAAAUCAGUGCGCUCUUAAACUAUUGACAGGAGCUUUGACAACAAGACAGGAUGCCUCAUAAAGAGGGAAGACUUUAACUAGUGACACGCAGAUGUGCGAGUCCCUAAAUUGUAUGAGAGGACAGUCCACCCCGCUUUCAGGCAAGUUUAAAAACAUGACUUCGGACUCUUUGUGAUUGUUGUCGCUCCACUUAAAACACCACCUCAGCGAAGAGCACUAACGACGAGGCAAUACGCCACCUGCAUGCAAUUAAAACGAGAAACCACUUGGAGGGCUGCUUUUCUUUUUUAUUAUUUUUUUUUUCCCCUGCGAGUUAGGGACACAUAUGAACAUUUUUGCCUUGAGGUAUUAAAGCCCCCAAAUCCUUAAGCUAAUCGGGGGAAGAUGCCUAAGGAUAACAAAGUUAGCCGGUGAGAUUUUAGCCUCUCUGCAGCUUAACCGUGUGCACUGCCUCCCCUGAUUAACUCCUAUUUUGUCACUGAUAGACUGCUAUAGGCGACCCCCGUGGGAUACUGCUCUAUCAGCCCAACAUGCAGAACAGUCACAGCGGCGUGAACCAGCUCGGCGGGGUGUUCGUCAACGGGAGGCCGCUGCCCGACUCCACGCGGCAGAAGAUCGUGGAACUCGCUCACAGCGGCGCCCGGCCCUGCGACAUCUCGCGGAUCCUGCAGGUGUCGAACGGAUGUGUGAGUAAAAUUUUGGGCAGGUAUUACGAAACUGGCUCCAUCAGACCCAGGGCAAUCGGAGGUAGUAAACCGAGAGUAGCGACUCCAGAAGUUGUAAGCAAAAUAGCGCAGUAUAAACGAGAGUGCCCCUCCAUCUUUGCGUGGGAGAUUCGAGACAGAUUACUAUCAGAGGGGGUCUGUACCAACGAUAAUAUACCCAGUGUGUCGUCGAUAAACAGAGUCCUACGCAACCUGGCUAGCGAAAAGCAACAGAUGGGUGCCGACGGGAUGUACGACAAGCUAAGGAUGCUGAACGGGCAGACGGGGACCUGGGGCACCCGACCCGGCUGGUAUCCCGGCACCUCGGUACCCGGGCAGCCCACACAAGAUGGCUGUCCGCAACAGGAGGGAGGAGGGGAAAACACUAACUCCAUCAGCUCUAACGGAGAAGAUUCAGACGAGGCCCAAAUGAGACUCCAGCUGAAAAGGAAGCUGCAGAGAAAUAGGACAUCCUUUACCCAAGAGCAAAUCGAAGCCCUUGAGAAAGAGUUUGAGAGGACCCACUAUCCCGAUGUGUUUGCAAGGGAGAGACUAGCUGCUAAAAUAGACCUGCCCGAAGCAAGGAUACAGGUGUGGUUUUCCAACAGAAGGGCCAAAUGGAGAAGGGAAGAGAAGCUGAGGAACCAGCGAAGACAAGCCAGCAACACUCCCAGCCACAUUCCCAUCAGUAGUAGUUUCAGCACAAGCGUUUACCAGCCGAUCCCACAACCAACUACCCCCGUUUCCUCUUUCACAUCAGGUUCCAUGUUGGGCAGGACGGACACGGCGCUCACGAACACGUACAGCGCGCUGCCGCCCAUGCCCAGCUUCACCAUGGCCAACAACCUGCCUAUGCAACCCCCGGUACCCAGCCAGACCUCCUCCUACUCUUGCAUGCUGCCCACCAGUCCAUCAGUGAAUGGACGGAGCUAUGAUACAUACACCCCUCCUCACAUGCAGACACACAUGAACAGCCAGCCCAUGGGCACCUCUGGCACCACUUCCACAGGUCUCAUUUCCCCUGGAGUGUCAGUUCCAGUUCAAGUUCCUGGCAGUGAACCUGAUAUGUCUCAAUACUGGCCAAGAUUACAGUAAAACAUGUGUUAAUUGCGUAAAUGACUAUAUGGACAACAGUUGGAUGUUCAGCAGUAUUUUAUAAAGGAAGAAUGGCUCUCAGAGUACUUCUGUACUGCAACUGUGCCCUAUGCUGUAACACAUGGAAAAGACUUUCACAUGGACCUUUGUACACUGAAGGCAUUAUAUCAGUUGGAACAAAUCUUCAUUUUGGUAUCCAAACUUUUAUUCAUUUUGGUGUAUUAUUUGUAAAUGGGCAUUUGUAUGUUAUAACGAAAAAAAAAAAAAAAGAACAAUGUAGACUGGAUGGAUGUUUGAUCUGUGUUGGUCAUGAAGUUGUUUAAAAAAAAAAAAAAAGAGAAAAGGAAAAAAAAAGAAGCCAUGAUCAACAAGCUUUGCCACGAAUUUAAGAGUUUUAUCAAGAUAUAUCGAAUACUUCUACCAAUCUGUUCAUAGAUUAUGGAUUGAUGUUCCAAGUUUGUAUCAUUCCAUUGCAUAUAAUUAAACCUGGAACAACACGCACUAGAUUUAUGUAAGAAAAAUAUCUGUUGGUAUUUCCAAAGGUUGUUAACGGCUGAAGCUUUGUGCAAACAGGGGUUAAGAGAGAGCUUCGACGAAGAAAAGAGUUUGAUAGAUAAAAGGUAGAUUGUGUCUUCGAUAUAAUCCAAUUUGUUUUAUGUCGAAAUGUAAGUAUUUGUCUUCCCUAGAAAUCUCCCAGAAUGAUUUCUAUAAUAAAGUUAAUUUCAUUUAUAUUUGACAAGAAUAUUCUAUAGAUGUUUUAUACACAUUUUCAUGCAUCAUACGUUUCUUUUUUGGUCGGCAAGAGUUAAUUGUUCUUAGAUAUAGUUGUACUACUGUUCACAGUCCAAUCAUCUUUGUGCAUCUAGAAUUCAUUCCUAAUCAAUUAAAAGUGCUUGCAAGAGUUUUAAACUUAAGUGUUUUGAAGUUGUUCACAACUACAUAUCAAGAUUAACCAUUGUUGAUUGUAAAAACCAUGCCAAAGCCUUUGUAUUUCCUUUAUUAUACUAUUUUCUUUUUAACCUUA